ACAACACAAGUACUGAAGCAGGUGAAUUCAAAUCCAGGAGCAGUCCUACAGAUUCUCUGCAAGCAUGUCAAGUGUACCACAACAGCAGCAGAAAAGUACAAACAUGGAGGAGAUAAAGAAGGGAGCAUGGUCUCCAGAGGAAGACCAAAAAUUGAAAUCUUAUAUCAUGAGAUAUGGCAUUUGGAAUUGGAGUCACAUGCCCAAAUUUGCAGGGCUUUCAAGAACGGGAAAAAGUUGCAGACUUAGAUGGAUGAAUUAUCUCCAUCCUGAUGUUAAGAAAGGACCCUUUACCAUGCAAGAAAGAGAAACACUCAUCAAUAUGUAUCAGGAACUUGGAAGUAGAUGGUCAGCUAUUGCUGCAAAAUUGCCAGGAAGAACUGACAACGACGUUAAAAACUUCUUCUACACACAUUUAAAGAAGCAUAUGGGUAUGAAAAAUGAUGCCCUACUGAAGUCUAACGCAAGGCGGAAAAGGGUGGAGAACACCAAAAAAGCUCAAGAAAGACCCGUAUUAUUCGCGGCUAUUAAUAAUCUAACGAUAGGAACAUCCAGCAACAACAGUUUGAUAUCACCUGAUGUUUCUUCAUCCUGCAGCAGCAGCAGCAUUAUUACGUUUGGGGAAAAUCAAAAGAUGAAUAUUGACAUGGAAAACACGGUUAUCUUGGAGAGCAAUCCUGAAACUCAUCAGUCUGAUCACAGUUUGAGCAUUGAGUCAGUGGAUCAGUUCGAUACGAGUUCAUUCUGGUUUCAUCUACUUAAUGAUGCCCAUCGUCUUAUUUUAUGAAGGAUUAACAUAACUAAUUAGAAUCUAAAUGUGCGACCUCCAGAGACAGAUCCAAAAUUUGAUCUUUAUGGGUUCGAGUUCACGACUCUAUCACGGCCUAUUGUUUUAGUGGAUUCAAAAAUCUAUUAUAUUUACUGAAUUUAU